CGUCCUCACUUUGCACACGCAGCGAUUCAAACCCAUGACAUCGUCCGACUGAAACGCGUUAGGCUGGCGUGAUGACGUCAGAGAGAACGUGCAUGCCGGUAGAGAAUAACGUACCUGCAUUUCUUCGCUCAUUUGUAAAGCAAAGCCCAGGAAUCUGUACCUGUCGCAGCGAUGGCAUCAAAGUCUCUCAAGGAUACCGAGCGAAGCUGUGUGCUGUGCUGCCAGGAGAUAGAGAUAUUCGCCCUGGGGAAAUGUGAUCACCCGGUGUGCUACCGUUGUUCCACCAAAAUGAGGGUGCUGUGUGAGCAGAAGUACUGCGCCGUCUGCCGGGAGGAGCUCGACAAGGUUCUUUUUGUAAAGAAACGAGACCCAUUUUCAACUAUAGCUACCCAGCAUUUCCAGUGUGAGAAAAAGCACGAUAUUUACUUCAGCGAUGCAGAUAUCCACACGCAAUUCAGGCGGAUUUUACAACACGAAUGUCCGCAGUGCCCAGAGUUGAGGGUCUUCACCAAGUUUGAAGAACUGGAACAGCACAUGAGAAAACAGCAUGAGCUGUUCUGCUGCAAACUCUGUGCAAAGCAUCUCCAGAUUUUCACUCAUGAGCGCGAGUGGUACAAUCGUAAGGAGCUGGCUCGUCAUCGCACGCAAGGGGACCUCGAUGACACCUCCCACCGCGGACACCCUCUCUGCAAAUUCUGUGACGACCGCUAUCUGGACAACGAUGAGCUGCUCAAACACUUGAGGAGAGAUCACUACUUCUGUCAUUUCUGUGAUUCAGAUGGUGCUCAGGAAUACUACAGUGAUUAUGACUAUCUUCGAGAACAUUUCCGUGAGAAGCAUUAUCUGUGUGAGGAGGGGAGGUGCAGCGCUGAGCAGUUCACCCACGCUUUCCGCACAGAGAUCGAUUACAAAGCCCACAAGGCAGCCUGCCACAGCAAGAACAGGGCAGAGGCUCGUCAGAACCGGCACAUAGACCUGCAGUUUAACUACGCGUCCCGACACCCGCGGAGGAGUGAGGGUGUAGUAGGAGGGGAGGAUUAUGAAGAAGUGGAUCGCUUUAACAGACACUCGAGGGCAGGGAGAGGAGGAGGAGGAGGAGGCGGUGGCGGCGGCCGAGGAGGGCAGCAGAACAAGAGAGGCAGCUGGAGGUACAACAGAGAGGAAGAGGACCGGGAGGUGGCGGCAGCAGUGCGAGCGUCGGUGGCGGCGCGCAGACAGGAAGAAAAGAGACCGGCACAAGAGCGAGAGAUCCCAAAACCUAAAGAAGAGGCCACGGAGGCUGAAGACUUCCGUCAUGCAAGAGCACCAGCCAAGCCAGCCAGCGAAGCUGCAGGUGCCAAAGAUGCUGCUAAACCAGUAAAAAGUAAUGGUCCUCUAAAGGGUGAAGAGUUCCCUGCAUUGGGAGUGAUGGCAGCACCUAUUCCAAGCACUAAUACAGCAGCUGCUGUGAAACUGAAAGAAGACGACUUCCCAAGUCUGUUGAGCAAGUCUGUAUCGUCCCCGAUGACCCCAGCGUACACUGCACAGCCCCGGAAACCUUCUGCAUUCCAGGAAGAGGACUUCCCGGCACUGGUUUCCAAAAUCAGAGCUCCGAAACAAUGCGGCAGCACUACCUCUGCCUGGUCCACCUCCUCCAACAAGAACGCUGGCAAACCAAGCCCCGCUGCCUCCCCCUUCCCCUCCUUCAACACCCCCACCCCCAGCUCCUCAGCUUCCACUCAGCCAAGGAAGAAACCCCUGCCGGCGAGCAGUAACAAAAGCAACCCAAGGAACAAAUUGUCUCCCGCUUCGGAUGAAGACGACGACCGCGGUGGGAAGACGACUCAGGAGAUCCGUAGCGUGCCCACCAUGCUGGAUAUCUCCUCUCUAUUAACAGGGAGAUCGGCGCCCCUGGCGUCAGCGUCCCAGACCGUUUCCAAAGUGGGCAAAAGAAAGAAGAUGGGCAUGGAGAAGCAGAGCCCUGCCUUCACAGCAUCGCUGACUCCUCCUGUGGGAAUGACCACCAACGUGGCCCAGAAGGAGAACGUCCCAGAGACUAAACAGCCGCCUCCGAACAUCACACAGCCUGCCAGUAACGCGGCUUCCAAGACAAACCUCCUGAUCAAUGGUCAUUCUGAACAGCCUGCAGAGAACAACAGCACGCUAGUUAAAAAGGAGCCGCCUGGACUCAAAAAGCAACUGACAUUGGAGCCCUGCCCGCUGCCUGAAGAAGAAUUCCCUGCUCUGCUGCCUAAAAAAUCUCCUCCAGGUUUUAACACAGAGUUCCCAAUGAAGGGAGGGCACUCCAGCCUUCCCCCUCCUCCGCCCCCAGGACUAGCGGCUCCCCCGAGCAAACCUCCUCCUGGCUUCACUGGCAUUGCUUUGAAUGCAAAUGUAUUGGAGCCGACCAUUCCAACAGUCAACGAACCAUCAUUUACAACAGGGACCUACCUCGUGCCUGAGAAUUUCCAGCUCAGGAACAUGGAGCUCAUCCAGUCUAUAAAGAACUUCCUGCUGGACGAGGAGUCCAAGUUCAACCAAUUUAAAACUUUCUCUGGACAGUUUAGACAAGGCCACAUGUCUGCAGUGCAGUACCACCAGAGCUGCAGAGAGCUGCUGGGAGAGAACUUCAAGAGGAUCUUCAACGAGCUGCUGGUGCUUCUGCCGGACACGAGCAAGCAGCAGGAGCUCCUCGCCGCUCACAACCACUGCCAGGCCUCCAGCAAGCCCAAAAAGAACAAGAAGAACGCCUGGCAGACAGGCAACAACAACAACCCAGAGCUGGACUGUCGGAUCUGCCCCUCCUGCAGACAGGUCCUGACAGAGAAGGACUUCAUCGCACACAAGAGCCAGCACAGGCAAGAUGACGACUUCCCUUCUCUCCAGGCCAUCAGCAAGAUCAUCAGCUAGCCCACAAUGCGCUCUCUCUUAACCAGCCUUGCAUCUGCGCAGCAGUGCAUGGGAUAAGAAACAUGCUGCUGGCAAUGGGGUAAGCAUUGCACAAGCAGAGCACUUAAGAGAUCAAAACGGAGAGGUUUUGGGGAAUGGAGUCGUCCUUGGAAUGUGCUAAAGAGUUAUUAAUAAAGAUAACAAUGUGCUCCUUCAUUUGUUUACAUUUUGUGAGGGUUGAGGGCUCACGUGAAGAAGACCUGUGUAAACAGUAUUACUGCUGCUUUUAAGGUUUGCUUAUUUCUGGACCUAUAUAGAAGGGACAGUAAGGUUGUAAAAGGAUACGUUCCAUGUUUACUUGAAAAAGUGGUGGGGGUGUUACCCCCCCCAGUACCCGAAUACAUUUGCAUAUAUUAUGUAACACAUGAAUCUUUAAUGCUUGUGUAAAUUAAAGUGUACAAAUUAUAUUACACUAUUUAAUAGCUGGUUUCAUGUGAGCAAUCUAGUGCUGGCUACAAAGAACACAUUAGAAGAUCUAUGCUUGUUGCACUUGGUAAUGUACACAUUUUGAUUUUGUGUUCUGACGUUGUAUUUUAGCAAGGCACAGUGAUUUAAUAGUUGAAACAUCACUACACAUACUGGUGUCCUCGUAAGAUACUUGCUGGUAGAUACUUUAAAAAUCCAGUAUUACUAUUCUUAAUUCUUAUAUAUAAUAUUGCUUUGAAAAUGUAAAAUCCUAGAUCUAUUUGCAAAUUAUAUUGUUAAUAUGUUAAAAUAUAGAUGUUUGCUUGAUUUUAUUGUGUAUCUUUCCAUGGGGGAAAUUAGGUUAGUGCUAGGUAGAAUUACUAGAUACUGUAAAACAUGAAAUGUUUGCUGGAGAAACAUUCACUCAUUUUGCUUUUAUUAAUAAUCUGUGAAAUAUGCAUGCCGCAAAAUGAAUACAGUAUAUGUGUGAUUUACAUGCGUGUGAGGAUCUCAUUGGAAACAUGCCAUAGAGUGCAGCACUGUGAUGUGAGGAUCUCAUUGGAAACAUGCUGUAGAGAGCAGCACUGUGAUGUGAGGAUCUCAUUGGAAACAUGCUCUGACCAAGCUGCAGCCCUUCACAACGAGCAGCCAAACGUUUUAAGAUUAAAAUAAUAUUUAUUCUAACUCCGAGCAGCCACUUCAUUUUUGUAAGCGGGCUUCGUGGGCCACUGCAGUACAGCCUUUCAGUUGCAUAGACUGAGUGCAGACAACGGGACCCGCCAUGGCAUGACUGAAUCUAUUUUUUGUUGUUUUAAGUAAUGCUAAAAUUAGGUCUUUGGUUUAGGUUUCACGAUGGGACACUUACUAUUUUGUGUGUGUGUGUGAUAUAUAUAAAUUGCACAAGUAAAGGGUUCACAAAUACCAAAAAAUAUACAACACAAUUGAGUAGCCGUGAUAUCUCAUGUGUUUACCUUUCUUUAUCUUGGUUGGCUGCUAACUUGAUUCAACUGAAACCCAGAUGCAUGUAACUGACAGUUUAAACAGAAGUUUUGUAUUGGUGCAGUGCAGCGGUCACCCCAAUACGGGAAUGGGGGUUGGGGGUCUCUGAAGUUCAGUUUAUCUUUAUGAAACAUGCAUUGUACAUUAUUAUCAGAAAAUCUGUCUUUUUUUUUUCGCUUUGAAUGUUCUUUUGUAAAGUUACCUGAAACUGAAGGGGUUUGUUGUAUCAUAGUAAAGCUGAAACAGUUGUUUUGAAUUUUUGCUGCUGCAGACCUAUUACACUAUGAAACUUUU